AUGAAUGGUCCUAACGAUUUUCAAAGAUAUGCCAAAGCUUUUCAACAACAAGUCUCAAGGGUACAGAGAACUGGUGGCCGUGGCAGAGGUGGUAACCCACUGGGUGGUAUGUUUGCGGGUCUCGGAGGGUUGAUUUUGUUGGGUGGUACUGCAUUACUGGCCAAUUCCGCACUGUUCAAUGUGGAUGGUGGUCACAGAGCUAUUGUGUAUUCUAGAAUAGGCGGGAUCUCCCCGAAGAUAUAUAACGAGGGGACCCAUUUUGUGGUGCCAUGGUUAGAGACCCCGAUUAUCUAUGAUGUUAGAGCGAAACCACGUAAUGUUGCAUCUUUGACUGGCACAAAAGAUUUGCAGAUGGUCAACAUCACUUGUAGAGUGUUGUCAAGACCAGACGUGAGCCAGUUGCCUAUCAUAUAUAGAACUUUGGGACAGGACUACGAUGAAAGAGUGUUGCCUUCUAUAGUCAACGAGGUGUUGAAAUCUGUGGUAGCACAGUUUAAUGCAUCGCAAUUGAUUACGCAGAGAGAGAAAGUUUCAAAAUUGAUUCGAGAAAAUUUGGUUCGUCGGGCAAGCAAAUUUAGUAUUCUUUUGGAUGACGUAUCCAUCACCUAUAUGACAUUUUCACCAGAAUUUACUAAUGCUGUGGAGGCCAAGCAAAUCGCUCAACAAGACGCGCAAAGAGCAGCUUUCAUUGUAGAUAAAGCAAGACAGGAGAAACAGGGGAUGGUUGUUAAGGCACAGGGUGAAGCCAAAUCCGCGGAGUUGAUUGGUGAAGCUAUUAAAAAAUCAAGAGAUUACGUUGAAUUGAAGAGACUAGAUACUGCAAAAGAGAUUGCUAAUAUCCUGGCGAAAUCGCCAAAUAAAGUCAUAUUGGAUAAUGAAUUGUUGUUGUUGAAUACUACUGUUGAUUCCAGAAUAAACGAAAAGAAGAAAUAG